AUGGGACUCAGCUGCUUCAAGUCCUGGAAACAUGACAGUACAGGCCACAAAGGGAACAGGGACGUGUUGGCCAGUCCGGGCUCGUAUUUCUUCCUUUCUAACAGCGCCGGUCAGGGAGACGAGUGGCUGAAGAGCCUCAAUAAGGGAGUCUGGAUCCCUUUCACAGGGGUUUUUGGUCAGCGUCUGGAGGAGACGGUGCUGUAUGAGCGGCGUUACGGGGUGCGUUUGGUUCCUCUGGUGGUGGAGCAGUGUGUGACCUUCAUCAGGGAGCGUGGUCUGCAUGAGGUGGGCUUGUUUCGCCAGUCGGGACAGGCCAGUCAGGUCAAAGAGCUGCAAGAGGCUUUUGAUGCUGGGGAGAGGCCCUCGUUUGACAGUAGUACAGACGUCCACACGGUGGCGUCACUGCUGAAGCUCUACCUCCGACAGCUGCCGGAGCCUCUCGUUCCAUACAAGCGCUACCAGGACUUCCUGAUCUGCAGUCAGAAGCUGACCAGUGACCGAUUGCUGGGUUUGGGGGAGUUGAGGAAUCUUCUUCAUGAGUUGCCGGUUGCAAAUUUCAACCUGCUCAACUUCAUCUGCCAGUUUCUAAAUGAAGUCCAGAGUUACUCCAGCAGUAACAAGAUGAGUGGGCAGAACCUGGCCACCGUGUUCGGGCCAAACAUCCUCCGAGCCAAAGCUGAAGAUCCACAAAGCAUCAUGGGAGGUGCAGCACUGGUCCAGGUGUUGAUGUUGGAGCUGAUCAGAGAGCACGAGUCUCUGUUCUCCAAGAUCCCUCCAUCCAUCUCUGCCCAUCCUCCUGGAGGUUCACAUGCAUCACCAAGUGCUCUGAGGCAGGCUCAUCUCCACCCGUCUCCCUGCCUCCGCCAGCUGUCUCUGCCUCUCAUCACAGAGCGCUCCCAAGAGCCAGGACAGCCCACUGUAGACGGACACAACCCUGGCUUUAUCUCCUCUGCUGCUGCCAAAUCAGACUUGUCUUCAGGUCAGAAGAGACUUCUCGGACACCGCUACACCUCCUCUCACCCCGAGAACUGUUUCUACCCUCUACCCUCUACUAGUCAGCCCCUUCAGCACCACGCUGACAGACAAAACAUAGAUUACCACCAGCACCACGCUGGCCAAGGAUCAUCCCCUGCAAAUGUUCAAACCUCUACAACCAUUCUCCAGCCACAGGACCCACUGCCAGACAGCUCCAAGUCCAGAUCGAUGCUCACAGGUUGGACAGAGGCCUGGCCAGGCCUGGAAGAGGUAGGGGCUAGUUUCUGGAGCUCUGGUGCUGCAGAAGCUGCAGAGAGUGCAGUGCCAGAAGCAGCCAGUGGAGGCAGCAGUGAGGCUCAAGAGGAUAGCACCCCGUCUGUCUACGACAACCUGGAUAGAGUCUCUAUAUCUCUGUGUCAGAGGUUGGAGAAAGGCACUGGUGGAGAUUUUGAAAACGUUGCAGUCAGCCAUAUUAGAACUUGUGAAGAGGAGGUGGAGCUAGAGGAUGGCAGGCACACAGCAGACUCCUCCUCUUCAUGGUCCUCCUGCGAGGUUUUCCCAUUGGACGAGAGCAGUGAUGCUGUGGGCGGGGUUAGUCCUGACGUGUCACCAAAGAGACCGACAAGGUUACCUUCAAGUCGGGUAGUAGAAGAUGAAAACAGUGAUAAUGACGAUCAUGAUGAUGACGAUAAUGCCAAUCAUGACGAUGACGAUAAUAAUGAUGAUGAUGAUGAUGAUGAUGUUGGUGGUGAUGAUGGUGAUGACGCCCACCUCUAUAACUCUCCAGCCUCCUGUUCUGUGCUCAGUAACAGCCCUCUCAGUACAGGUAGCUCGGAGGUGUUCCUCCCCUCUGGUCCUCCAGACCUCCAGGUCCCUGAACCUCAGUCACAGCCCGAGGACGCUCACUCACUCCUGGCUGAGCUGCGGCAGCAGAUGGCCCAGCAGAAGGCUGAGUACCAGGCCAGGAUACACAGGUUGGAGCGUUGUAACGACGUCCUCGAGCGGCAGGUUGCGGUACUGCGGGUCAGUCUGGAGCAACACAGGCGCAGCCAGAGUGUCGCCGAGAUCAAGAUCCGCAACAUGGAGCGAGCCAAAGCUGACGCAGACCGCCGAAACACAACACUUCAGAGAGAGAUGGAGAUGUUCUUCCAGAUGUAUGGAGAGAUCAAAAAAAGAGGAGGGGGGGACGAAGGAGAAGGAGGAGGAGGAGGGAGUAGGAGAGAGCGCGUCUUACAGAGCCUCUGAAGAGGAAAAAGAAAUUUAAAUUGCAUGAAUAGUGAAAGGUUUGUUGGUCAGAGCUUAAUGAAAGAGAUUGGUGGAUAAACAGACAAUAAAACUAAGAAAUUUCACGUCAAGAAAAUUUGGUGAGCAGCAGUUUGCGAUGUUGGCUAGCUUCUUCACCCGUGAAAUGAAUGUCCCGGGGGCCUGUUGGAUUGGUUGAUUGGAGCAACUGCUGGACACUUUUUGUGUCCUCUGCUUUAUCCAACCAGUCACCAUACUAUGUCUCUCAAGGAGGCCCAAGUGAGGUGUUACUCUACAUGAGCCUUUAAAAAACCAACCUCCAAUUUGGACGGUACUUGAACAGAAGAUCUAGUGGAGUACUGGAAACUGAAAGCAAAUGUAGACUACAAGACUUUCAAUAUAUCAAAUAUUUUCAGUAAGAUAUUUCUGUCCCAGACAUCUCUGUUCACAAACUACACAGCUGAUCUCAGACAAGAUGUACUGAUAACAAGAUUAUUUCAGUACGACAGAUCUACGGAUGGAGCAAACACCAGAUGCUAGAAGCUCACUGAUCUCACGCCAAAGUUCACUAAGCUUCAGUUCCAUCUCUUGUGUCCAUACAUGUGGAACACCUGUGCCUAUCUCUGCCUUCUUCUAAGCCAUUGUCUUCUUCCUCCUUCCUUUCCUGACCCACAUUGGAUAUUGCUAAUCUCCCAUCUCAAACUCAUCUCUGAGGAGCCCCAAGUACAAGUGCAUCUUGUUUUUUGGCUACGAUAAACUUAAAACUUGUUUGAAAACUGUCAAGACACAUCCCAGAAACGCUAGAACUACACAAGUUACUAUUACUGAGGGGAUUGCAGAUUAAAAUUAGCUAUAAGCUAACUCUGGUACAGUACAUCAAAUGGUAACAUUUAUGUUUAACACUAUACAUGGUCCCUUACAAAUAAAAUAAAUGAAUAAAUAAAAUACUAUACUACAAGUGUGAAUUCCUUGAAGACUCAAGCGUCAAAAACUUGUCUUGGUCGGGCAAAUCGUAUCAAAAGUCAUGUAGUCAGCAGAAGGCUUUAGACGACUAAAUAGUAUCUUCCAGAGCUCCCAGAAUUGAAGUUUCUACCAUUUAAAUGCAAAGAACAACUCUUCAAGUUGAAUUUCCAUGAAGGAAAUUCAUGUAAAAUUUCUCUGCAGUGAGGUGUCUGAUUCAUUUUCCUGACAUCUCAUUAACACGGCAGCAAACACUGUAAACACUACAAGGCUUUUUACAUGUUUUCUGCAGGAAGUGAUGUAACAUUUGCUACUGAAAAGAAGUAAAUAAUACAAUAAGUGGACAGCUAACAUAAGCUGCUGCACAUGGACGGGUUUGGAAAAUCUCAACAUCCGUGUUUCUUUGUUUCAGAGCUCAAUACUGAGCAUAGUCACUAGGAAUUACUGACUUUUAGCUGUGGCCUGAACGCAGCAUCAUGUCCUGUUGGAGAGACUUGUGGGAAACUUGUGGGAAAUAAAAAAUUAUCAAUAAAAAUCAACUUGAUGCACAGAAUGUACACGAAUCAGAUGAGUUUCGGAGCAAUCUGCGAAAGAUUUGUCAAUCAACCGGAUGUUAUCCGACGUGCUAUCAGACGGGUUUUCUCUAUAAUAAUAAGAUAUUGACUGGAUGCUAUACAUGAUGAUUGCGUUUAAGGUACUAGACGGCCUUGCUGUGCAGGAAUUCCAACAGACUGAAACUGCACUCUGACAGAAGCAAGGUAAGAAUGUGCUUUUUUUUACAGUUUGAGUGCCAGUCGUCACAAAGACUAAACGUGCACAAUGACUGUCUCAAGCAUAAAGAUACCAGAAGCCUUGUUCUGUUCACUUUGCAUG